AUGGAUGAGAUCGCCCCCGAAUAUGAUGUUGUCGUCCUCGGCACUGGCUUGACGGAAUGUGUGCUGUCCGGUGUGCUCAGUGUCAAGGGCAACAAGGUGCUUCACAUCGAUCGCAAUGAUCACUAUGGAGGCGAAGCUGCCUCGGUCAACAUCGAAACCCUCUUUAAGAAGUACGGCAACGUCCGCCCCGGCGAGGAGCCCUGGAAGAAGUAUGGCCGCGUCAACGACUGGAACAUCGACCUGGUGCCCAAGCUGUUGAUGGCCAACGGCGAGUUGACGAACAUUCUGGUUUCCACCGACGUGACGCGAUACCUCGAGUUCAAGCAGAUUGCCGGCAGCUAUGUUCAGCAAGGAAAGGGCCCUAAGGCUACAGUGGCCAAGGUCCCUUCGGAUGCCAACGAAGCUCUGCGCUCGUCUCUCAUGGGCUUGUUCGAGAAGCGAAGGGCAAAGAAAUUCCUGGAAUGGGUUGGUGAGUUCAAGGAGAAUGACCCAUCUACUCACCAAGGUUUGAACAUUGCUACCUGCACAAUGAAAGAAGUCUACGACAAGUUCUCCCUGGAGGAAAACACCCGCGACUUUGUUGGCCACUCAAUGGCUCUGUACCAGACCGACGACUACAUCAACACCUCCGGAAUGGCUACUGACGCUAUCAACCGCAUCCGUCUGUAUGUCAACUCGAUGGCUCGGUACGGAAAGUCACCAUACAUCUACCCCCUUUACGGUCUCGGGGAGCUGCCCCAGGGCUUUGCUCGUCUCUCGGCCAUCUACGGAGGUACCUAUAUGCUUAACACCACCGUCGACGACGUCCUCUACGAUGAGAGUGGCAAGGUUUCCGGCAUCAAGGCGACCAUGAAGGACCGCGAUGACAACGGCGAGACGAUGAAGUUUGAGACCAAGACAAAGAAGAUUAUUGCCGACCCAUCGUACUUCCCCGGAAAGGCUAGGGUUACCGGCCACCUGCUGAAGGCUAUUUGCAUUCUUAAGCACCCCAUCGACAAGACAGACGGCAGCGACUCCCUGCAGCUGAUUAUUCCCCAAUCGCAGGUUGGCAGGAAGCGCGAUAUCUACAUUGCUAUGGUUUCAUCAGCGCACAAUGUCUGCCCCAAGGGCUACUAUAUCGCUAUAGUGUCCACUAUCGCCGAGACAGAGGCCAACCACCACUUGGAGCUAGAGCCAGGGUUCGAGCGUCUGGGUGAGAUCGAAGAGAAGUUCUUCCCUCCUCCCAUCCCGCUCUACGAGCCUCUUGAGGAUGGCCGCAACGACAACAUCUUUAUCUCGAAGAGCUACGACGCCACAUCCCACUUUGAGACCACAACCGACGACGUGCGGGACAUCUACCGUCGUGCGGCUGGCGAAGAGCUUGUCGUCGAGGGUCUUCGGGAAGGCCAGACCCUUGCGGAAGAGUAG